GGGAAAUGCUCGGCAGUUGGAGCCCGGCCUGUACCGGGAACACAACAGGGUUGUCAGCGGCUCCGGGGAGUGUGGAGGGCGGCAUAGCGUGGUACACACGCCCGGCCUGUUCACAUCAACGUCCCUAGCAACAGCCUGAGAUAACGGGUUAAUGCCGGGGGGAUACGGGCAGAAGACCGGAGGGGAGCGCGGCACCGGAGCCAGGGAGGAGGCAGGGCCUGUGGGACGGUAGCCACAGGGCAGGAUGCCACCUGGAGUUUACUGCCCAGUGGACUUCUGGGCCAAAGAGGAGAAGCAGAGCAUUUUGGUGGAUUUCCUACUACCGUCUGGCAUUUACCUCAACUUUCCCGUGCCAUGCAGUGCCAGCCUAGGAAAUAUCAAGGAGUUACUAUGGCAACGGGCGCAGCAAGAACCGCUCUUUCAUACCCUUGGUCCAUCCACGUCCUACGUCUUCACGUGCAUCAAUCAAACAGCAGAGCAGCAGGAGCUGGAGGAUGAGCAGAGGCGCCUGUGUGAUAUCCAACCCUUCCUGCCAGUCCUAAGGCUCGUGGCCAGGGAGGGGGAUCGGGCCGAGAAGUUACUAAAUUCCCAAAUAAGCUUGCUGAUUGGCAAAGGCCUUCAUGAAUUCGACUCUUUAAAUGACCUAGAAGUCAAUGACUUCCGUGGCAAAAUGCGCCAGCUCUGUGAAGAGAUCGCCCUGCGGCGGCAGCACAUGAACUGGGACACCUGGAUGGAGUCCAACUUUCCUCUUCAGCUGGAGCAUUCCUCCAAAGUGUUCGCAAAGACUUCUCAGAGCAACAAGACCCUCAUGAUCAACGUAAAGUUUGAAAGUAGCGAGGAGAGCUUCACACUACAGGUGUCUCCUCGAGACUUUCCUCUCUCCAUUAUCCGCAUGGCUCUAAGAAAAAAGUCCAAUGUGUCUGGUCAACAGAGUCCGUGGCGCCCAGAAGAUUACAUCUUGCAGGUCAAUGGCAUUCUGGACUACAUCUAUGGAAACUAUCCCCUGUGCCAGUUCAAACACAUCAACCACUGUUUUCACUCCAACUGCACGGCUCACCUCACCCUUGUCUCCAUCUACUCCACAUUACCAGACCAGCAGGGAGACACAAUCAUUAGCUCCAAGAUACGACACAAACCGCCACCACUACCAACAAAGAAGCCACAUCAUUGUUCACUAUGGAAACUGCAGAGGCCAUUUUCUUUUCAACUCAUGUAUGGCUGUAACGUCAACGCAGAUGAUGGAUUAAAGCUGCUGGUCCAGUGCGGCCUCUACCACGGCAGUGAGCUCUUGUGUAAGACAGCGGCUAGUAGCGAAGUCAACGCCUCCUCCGAUCCACAAUGGUUUCAGCAUUUAGAGUUUGAUAUUAAUGUUUGUGACCUUCCUCGCAUGACCCGGCUCAGCCUUGCUCUGUAUGCUGUCGACAAGACCAAAAAGGCCAAGUCUACCAAAAAAAAGUCAAAAAAGACGGAUUAUCCCAUAGCUUGGGUGAACACCAUGCUCUUUGACUACAAGGACAUGCUGAAAUGUGGGGAAUACUCUCUCUGUAUGUGGUCGUCAUUUCCAGAUGAAAAAGGAGAACUGCUAAACCCAAUGGGAACUGUACAGUGUAACCCGAAUACAGAAAGUGCCGCCACUUUGAGGAUCUUCUUUGUCAAUGUAUCUGAUAACCCUGUGUACUAUCCUUCUAUUGAGAAACUACUUGAGUUGGGCAGACUAGGAGACGUGUGUAAUGCCACACUUGAUGAGCGACAGCAGCUCCUGGAGAUAGUUGACCGGAAAGGCCAGGCUGAGCUAUACGAGCAUGAAAAGGAGCUGGUGUGGAAACUGCGUUAUGAAAUAAAAGAGCGUCACCCAGAGGCCCUCCCCAAACUGCUGCUCACCACCAAGUGGAACAAACACGAGGAUGUAGCACAGAUGGUUUAUCUGCUGCAGACCUGGCCGGAGCUGCCUGUCCUCACAGCCCUGGAAUUGUUGGAUUUCAACUUCCCUGAUAGAUAUGUGGGAUCAUUCACUAUGAGCUGCCUGAAAAAAUUAACGAAUGAGGAGCUUUGUCAGUAUCUCCUUCAGCUAGUGCAGGUUCUGAAAUAUGAAUCUUACUUGGACUGUGAGCUGACAACAUUCCUCCUGGAGAGGGCGCUGAUCCACCGCAAGAUUGGACACUUCUUAUUCUGGCACCUUAGAUCAGAGAUGCAUGUCCCAGCAGUGGCCUUAAGGUUUGGGCUCAUCCUUGAAGCGUACUGUAGGGGGAGCACCUAUCAUAUGAAGGUCCUUAUGAAACAGGGAGAAGCUCUUUCCAAACUUAAAGGUCUAAAUGACUUUGUGAGGUCCAGUGUCCAGAAGACCAGCAAGGCACAGGCUAAAGAAGCCAUGCACAUGUGCAUGAGGCAGGAAACUUACCUGGAGCCACUGUCCUACAUAUACUCCCCACUGGAUCCCAAUCUCAUCCUCACAGAUGUUUGUGUGGAGCUCUGCACUUUCAUGGAGUCCAAGAUGAAACCCCUUUGGAUUGUGUACAACAACGAUAUGCUGGGUGGAAGCCGCGUUGGUAUAAUCUUUAAGAAUGGAGAUGAUCUGCGACAGGACAUGCUGACCCUACAGAUGAUUAAACUGAUGGAUGUUCUGUGGAAGAAGGAAGGCUUGGACCUCAGGGUCACCCCUUAUGGCUGCCUAUCAACAGGAGACAAGACAGGUCUUAUUGAAGUUGUCAUGCACUCGGACACUAUUGCCAACAUUCAGCGUAACAAAAGUAACAUGGCAGCAACUGCGGCUUUCAAUAAGGACGCUCUACUUAAUUGGUUAAAGAGCAAGAAUCCAGGGGAUGCUCUGGAGCGAGCGAUUGAGGAGUUCACUCUGUCGUGUGCUGGCUACUGUGUAGCGACAUAUGUUCUAGGCAUUGGGGACCGUCACAGCGAUAAUAUAAUGAUACGUGAAACUGGGCAGCUGUUUCACAUCGACUUUGGUCACUUCCUUGGUAACUUUAAAACCAAAUUUGGUUUUAAUCGAGAACGUGUUCCGUUUAUCCUGACAUACGAUUUUGUGCACGUUAUACAGCAGGGGAAAACCAACAACAGUGAGAAGUUUGAGCGGUUCCGGGAUUACUGUGAAAAAGCUUACACCAUCCUCCGAAGUCAUGGCGCCCUCUUCCUUAACUUGUUUGCACUGAUGAAAGCGGCAGGCUUACCAGAACUUACCUGCUCUAAAGAUAUCCAGUAUCUCAAGGACUCUUUAGCACUUGGGAAGAGUGAUGAAGAUGCAUUGAAGCAGUUCAGGGUAAAGUUUAAUGAAGCGCUGCGGGAAAGCUGGAAGACCAAAGUGAAUUGGUUUGCUCACACUGUGUCCAAAGACAACAGACAAUGAUUGAAAGGGACCUGGUUUCUUUGCAUUUUGAUACAAUAUUUGGAUCUUAAGGCACAAGAGAGCUCUUCUCCAUAGUAGACUCAAUUUCCUCAAACGUUCUCCGCAACUAUGAACUUUGGGAUUUAUCACAACAGCAUCCCUCACGUUGCCUGUUGGACACCACCACGUUCUUAGCCUCAGUGUCGGUUUAGCCUUGCCAAUGCUGAAUAUUCCAGGGAACAUUGUACCCUCCACAGGCUUGAGCUGACUUGGCAUGUGUUGUACCAUCUCUUCAGCCAUCGGCAGAUUGCUUACUUUAGCAUGAGGCUACUUACUGUGUUGGUGAGUGACAAAUGACGACUGCUUCCUACAACUUCUGUAUAGCAGGCUGGUGGACAGACUUCCCAACGUGAAAGCCAGAGCUGUGCGAAUUGGUUCAUACGGAGACAUAAUGAAGGACUUUUCUCAUUCCAAGCUUGUUGCACUGGGGUUUGUCUCCAGCAGUAGUCUGCAACCUAUGGCUCUCCAGCUGUUUUGAAGCUAAAUCUCUCAACUGGGUGUGCUGAGAGUUGCAGGUUGUACAGCACUGAUCUACAGGGACUUUUGACCCAUAAAUGGCAGAUCUGCACUGAUUUCAUGUGAUAUAGAGUACCUGUAGUUCUCAUAAAGCUUUUUAAAUGGCCCAAACAUGAAAAAGCUCUUACUGAAGAAUUUGUUGCAAUAAACACCUUCCCUUGUAAUUAUGUUAAUAAAUGUGUACAUUGUAUGUGUUUUGGAAA